AUGGGAAAUGAGUCCAGUUACCCAGUAGAAGUGUGCUGCCACUUUGACCAAGACGAAAUUAAACGGCUGGGCAAGCGGUUUAAGAAGCUGGACUCGGACAGUUCGGGCGCUCUGAGCGUGGAGGAGUUCAUGUCCCUGCCGGAGCUACAGGAGAACCCAUUGGCGCAGCGAGUGACAGUCGUCUUCGACACAGACGGCAAUAGAGAGGUGGACUUCGGGGAAUUCAUCCUGGGGACCUCCCAGUUCAGUGUCAAGGGAGACAAGGAGCAGAAGCUGAGGUUUGCUUUCAUCAUCUACAACAUGGAAGACGGCUACACUUCCAGCAGGGAGCCCUUCCAGGUGCUGACGAUGAUGGUGGGGGACAACCUGAAAGACUGGCAGUUACAGCAGCUCGUGGACAAAACCUGGGCAUCCAUCGUCCUGGGCAAGGAUCGCGGUGGGAAAAUAUCCUUCCAGGAAUUCAGUGCUGCGGUCGGAAGCCUGGAGAGCCACAAGAAGUUGCUGACAAUUGUGCGAGCUUUUAUAAGAGCACCACCCAACAACGACUUUUUCUUUCUUCUCAAAGAUCAGCUCAAGAGGCCCAGCACCCGUCUCUCUGACCUGCUGGGAAGUAUUUCUCUUUGUGAAGCAACAUUUUCUGACACCAACCUCUUGCCCACCUCAGUGUUAUUUAUUCUCCUGGGAAUGCCCUAA